GCAAAGUAUUCUUUUGUUUGAUUUUUUUAUUACUCGUUUACCUGGAAACCUGUGGCCUAAUUUACAGGAAAAGACCAAUGAGGACAGACAAAUGGUGGUCAGUACUAUUAUUGCUCGCAGUGUCCUCGCUGGCCAUUGAGGGGUGGCCCGGUGAGGACGGACAUGGCCUGAAACACUACCAGCCGCUGGUCAGGUUCCGGCACAAGCCGGAAGGAAGCCCAGAGGUCUCACGAAUCAAAGGUUUCUUCUCCCACAAUGGAUUCCGGGGACCCUGUGAACACAAGUACUGCGGCCUCGGUCGGCACUGCGUGGUGGACAGGGAGACGGGUCGCGGAGAAUGCGUGUGCGUGGAGCGUUGCAGGCCCCACUACAAGCCCGUGUGCGGCUCGGACGGCGCCCUCUACCAGAACCACUGUGAGCUCCACCGAGCCGCUUGCCUGAAGAAACUGCGCAUCACCAUCGUGCACGGGGAGGACUGUUUCUACAGAGAUGAUAAAUGCCACCCAAGUCACUACAGAGAGCUGAAGAAAAAGGUGCUUGACCUGCAUAACCAGAAGUACGUGAAAGUGGACAGCGAACAGCCUCAGGAGGACCCCAUGUCCCUGAAAAAGUUGCUGGUGGACCACAUGUUUGAGUACUUUGACACGGACAGCAGCGGACUUGUGGACAGCAAUGAGUUGUCGCAGGUCAUGAGGAAGGAAAGCCUGGAGUUCUCAGACUGCACACUCUUUGACCUCUUGAAGUAUGACGAUGAUGACGGCGACAAGCAUCUGGCAAAGAACGAGUUCUACGCAGCAUUUCAUGUGCUUCAGCUGAGCCUGCCUGAGGCCCAGAAGGUGAGCAUCACCACAGCCACUGUUGGCCAGAGCAUGGUGCUCACCUGUGCCAUCGUUGGGAACCCAAGGCCCCCAGUAGUAUGGAAACGCCACAACCAAGUGUUAAACACACUGGGCCUGGAAGACAUCAAUGAUUUCGGGGAUGAUGGAUCUCUGUACAUAACCAAGGUGACCACAUCUCACAUGGGCAACUACACCUGCCAUUCUGAUGGCUACGAGCAGCUUUUCCAGACCAUUAUCCUCCAAGUGAACGUUCCCCCAGUGAUCCAGGUGCACCCGGAGAGCCAGGCCAGGGAACCGGGGGUUACGGCCAGCCUGCGAUGCCAUGCAGAGGGCAUCCCCAGCCCACAGCUCGCCUGGCUGAAGAACGGCAUGGACAUAGCGACCAAGCUGUCCAAGCAGCUCACCCUACAAGCAAACGGAAGUGAGGUACACAUCAGCAACGUCCGGUACGAAGACACUGGUGCAUACACCUGUAUUGCCAGAAAUGAAGCCGGAGCAGAUGAAGACAUCUCUUCGCUGUUUGUCGAGGACUCGGCCAGAAAAACGCUUGCGAACAUCCUUUGGAGACAAGAAGGUCUGGGAAUUGGCAAUAUGUUCUAUGUGUUUUAUGAGGAUGGGAUUAAAGUCAUCCAGCCGGUGGCAUGUGAAAUUCAGAGACACAUAAAGCCCAGCGAGAAGCUGCUGGGGCAGCAGGAGGAGGUUUGCCCGAAGUCAGAAGGUGACGCUGAGCAGAGAUGUAUGUGGUCAUCUGCGGUGAACGUGAAGGACAAGUACAUUUAUGUCACUCAGCCAACUCUGAACAGAGUCCUUAUUAUAGAUGUUCAGUCACAGAAGGCCGUCCAGGCUGUGAGCACCGAUCCUCUCCCAGUGAAACUGCAUUAUGACAAAUCCCAUGACCAGGUGUGGCUCCUUAGCUGGGGUGACGAGAAGAAGACAUCCCCCACCCUUCAGGUGAUCAGUGAGGCCAGCAGGAGCAGCCCCCACCACACCGUCCACACCCAGCCCGUAGGCAGGCGUCUCGACAGCGUGGAUGAUUUCUUCAUCCCGCCGACAACUCUCCUAAUCAAUCACGUCAGGUUUGGAUUCAUACUCCAUAAGAAUGAGCCCGCACUUCACAAAAUAGAUCUGGAAACCAUGUCGACGGUGAAGAAGAUUCCCUUGAAGGACCACAGCUGCAUCCCGAACGCUCUGGCCUACACACACUUGGGCGGAUACUAUUUUGUGGACUGUAGGCACGACAUUACGGGAGCCGCCAGGCCGCAGCUCAUAGUGGACGCCGUAACAGAUGCUGUGAUCAGACACAAUGGAGACGUAACAGGAACGCCUUACGUGUCUCCGGACGGACGCUACCUCGUGAGUGUCGACGACAAGGAUGGCCUGAUGAGAAUCCAGUCCAUCACGGGUCGAGGCGAGAUCCUGGCCCCCUUUGACAUCCACACCAACCUGCACAUCUCCGACGUGGCGUUCCAGCCGUCCUUCACCGAGGUGCACCAGUACAACAUCUUCGCGAGCUCCAGGCUACAGACCGACGUGCUGUACGUUGAGCUGGCCACAGGCAAUGUGAAGAUGAUCAAAAGCCUGAAGGAGCCUGUGAGAGCAUCGGAGUGGCUCUGGAGCCGGAAGAAUCGCGUGAUCGUGGACAGUGGCUUGUUUGGACAGUACUUGAUGACCCCGUCCCAGGAGUCACUGUUCAUACUAGACGGGCGGUUGAAUAAACUCAACUGCGAGAUCACUGAUGUCCUCAAAGGUAACACGAUCAUGUGGGUAGGUGAUGCGUAGGUAUAUUCGCUUCUUUUAGCACUCAGUGUGGAUGUAUUCACCCUCAUAACAUUUUAUGUAACAUUUAAAAAGGGAAAAAAAUUAUACAAAAACUAUAUUGGACAAUGGGCCUUCAUUCAAUGGUUUUUUUUUUUUUUUUUGGUUUUGUAAAAAAUUUUAGAAAUGCAAAUGGGAACAUUUAGAAACCUUUUACAAAAUUUUAAUAAACAAUAAAUUCUUCUCACACGACAGAAACAAACGAGAUGAUGGUCAUCUAAAGCAUCUUAAAUCUGUUUUGGCGACAAUCGGAGAAAAAUGGUCACACUAGAGAACUGCCCACUGUUGAUUAUCGUUUUUGUGCCUUGAAAGAAUGCGCUUUCAAGCAGAAGGGCAAAAUAGAAAUAAUUCCACACAUUAAUAACAAAAAAGAGACUUAUAUGUCCAACUGCAGCAUUUUGCCCUUCUGUCGGGUGACAGAGGCUCAGUCUCAUGCACCAGAAUGGAUGUAGUUUUCUCAUGAAAAUCCUUUUCAUUUUUUAAUUUUAAGCCACUUUAUUUUAAGUUAAUGCCAUUUCCUUUGAAGUGCAGGCUGAAGGCUGGGUUCUAACCGCAUUGCUGACUGCUGAUUUUAAGCUGUCGCUGUUUUCCAGUUGCUUAGGAUAGGCGAUAAAUUGAAAAAACAAAUGAAAAAAAUUUUAGAAUGGUUACAAAUGCACCAUUUCAAUAAUUUGCUGAAAAAGAAUCUAAAUAGUUUAAAAAUGGCUGUCAUAGUUUUAUUCUGGUUUAGAGAGCAAUUGGGGAGAAAGAUCUUCAAUACAAAGUUAUAGAAUAUCAGUGCUGAGGAAAUUGUUGCCAGUAUGGCAAUUUACAAUCUAACUAUAAGCAAAACAUCUGAAGUGUAUAUUGCGUAUUCAAUGGAAAAUUGUAUCCAGUUCAUCAUGAACUGCUUACAUGUACGUGUUUUCCAUGGUGGAGGUGGUAUAUGACAAAGCUUUAUUUUUUACAUUGGCCCCGAAUCCUGAAUCCUUUGUGCAGAAAUGAUCCACUUGACAUCAGGAGAUACAGACCGAGGUAUUGUUUCCGCAGUAGCCAUCUACGCUUCUUGUAUGAACCCCUCUCCUGGGUAGAUAUACUGUACUCUAUGCAUUUUUAUUCUGAAUCCCUGCUCAAGGGGCAUCGUUAAAAUGAGUUUUUCUAAUUUAGUCCAUUUAUGGGAGGAGCUGUUAUGGGUUUGAGCCUGAUCAAUGGCAGUUAGCGCAGAACAAUGUUAUUUUUAGUAUUAUGUAAUAUACUGAGGCUUUAAAACUAAGGCAGUCGUUCAACACUGUUUAUCCUUUUAUAAAGUUUUGCUGGAAAUACAGAGAACUGCUCAAAACUUAAAGCUUUUUAUUGACGUCCUGUGAACUAUCAUUUUUCUAGUCGUGUAAUGUACAUAGACACAAAGUGGUCUUUUGAAUAUAUCUUGUUAGUUUCCAUAAAUGUGUUUGAGUGUCAGGUUUUUAAUUUAUAGAAACUAAAUCAUUCCCCUGACAACUUGUGAUGUCACCUAUGAUAACAUUAUUGUCUUACAUUUAGUCAUGACCGU